GGACAUGGUGGAGUUCCAUUAAGACGAGGGACUAAAUACGAGCACGCCGGCCCGUUUCAUUCAGUUCGGGGUUAAAGCUCUUGGUGGCAAAAGGUCGGCGUGUUGAUCGGUUCAAAGUAAGGGAUCCCCCCCCCCAUUAAAACGUGAAUAUCUGAUAGAAAAUCGCCCAUGAAGACGGAAUCCAACCCAUACCAGUACUUUGGACCUUCUUGGUGCUGAUUCUGGCAUUCUGGCAUUCCGACAUUGCCAUUGUUGUGUUCCACCUGAAGAAAAAACCCCGCGUCUGUUCUGCUCGUAGAUGCUGAGGGAGCUGCAUGCAUAUCCAUCGUGGGUGACAGCGACGGCGAAGCACAAGCCAGUACUAGUGCUAGUGGUAGUAGUAGUAGUAUUGUUGGUGGCAAGGGCAGUACCCUGGUAAGCUCCUGAGCCCACAGGCCAUCCUUGUACAUAGGGAAGCCGGGCCAAAAGAAGCAAAGCCGAGUACCUGAGUAAUAGUUGUAAUCGACGUAGUAGUUGAGAAGGAGAUCUCCCUGAUCCUCGCCUCCAUCGGCAAGUUCUUCUUCUGCUUCUUCACUUGUUGUUCGGGAGAGUUCUUCUACCUGGAAAGGUGAAGCCGUCAACGGUGGGGUGUGCUCUUUGACUUGAUUGGGUGAUUCAAAGUAGCAUCAAGACCAACUGGAAUCACGAAAUCUGCCACAAAUCCACCCAGCCAUAAAUCCAUCCAUCCAUCCAUUCAAGAUUGUGAUCCAGAGCCCGAGUCUCGUUUUGUUUCGGUGGAGGUGGUUGUAAUCGUGGUGGAGGUGCUUCCAAGAUCACGGGUUGAUCAUGUGAAACGGAAAGUUCAGUGAAUAUAACAAGCCAAGUCAGUCAUGAGGAUUCCGUUAACGGCGAGGGGUAACCAAACCCCUGGUCUGGUUAGCGUGCUCCUAGUGCUCUUAUUGUGGCAAUUCACGCCCACUCUGGCCUUGACCCGUCAUCGACACCGUCGUGAGCCUUUGCCUGGGCCACAGUAUUUUGAGGGCCAGAUCACCAAAAGGAUCAAGGAUGAGCAAAGGUCCAACGAAUACAAACCCAAGUUCCUGGAUUGUGAGCGGUAUACGCCUGUGGUGGAAGAAGAAUCCCCCCGAGAUACCCGCGUGAUACAAGUUUAUGCCGAGGACAAGGACAACAAUACGGUCACGUACUCGAUCGUGUCCCAACACAAGAAGUUCACCAUCGACCCCAAAGAUGGGUGGCUUUCAACCAGCGACAUCUUCAAUCGUGAUGAGCCUGACCGAGAGAAAUUGGUUCAUGUGACGGUCAAAGCCACGGAUAAUGGCCGACCGCAAUUGGAGGAUAUUUGCACAUUGGCUGUGAAAAUUAAGGACAAGAAUGACAACUCGCCGGUCUUUGACCGAGCUUCCUAUGACGUCCCGAUUGCUCAGGACACUUACACAGGCACUCAAGUCAUGCGGAUCUCGGCCACGGAUGUGGACGAAGGCGAUAAUCAGAAGAUCACGUACACACUCGAUCCCGUCCGAAUUGCUGGUGACAUCGAUUACUUCAAACUGAACAAACUCACCGGAGUGGUGACUUUGGUCAAUAAGCUAGACAAGCCCGUGGGUUAUGUGUUCCAGUUCAAGGCCACGGCCACCGACGCCGGCUCCCCUCCCGAGAAUGCCACCAUUGAUGUCACGAUCGAGGUCAAGGAGUCCUCGAAUAAACCACCCACGUUUGUCGACGGUCCCGGGCCAUCCAUCACCUUAACCGAGACGUACAACGAUUUUUCCAAACCCAUUGCGACAUACGAGGCCCGUUCCAAUAUCCCCGAGGAUGGAACGGUGUUCUUCCAGUUGGUCCGCGGUCGCACCGAGCAGACCAAUAAGGACGACACUUUCCGUGCUUUGGCUAGUCAAAGUGAACCCACGGCUGUGCAUAUCUAUCUAGCCAAGCCGUUGGAGUACGAGAAAGUUUCCGAGUACACGCUGACCUUGCAAGUGCGAAACAGUCCGGAUCUGGUGGCCGAGGCCUUGCUUACGGUACAAGUGAAAGAUGAGAACAAUCAAGCGCCCGUGUUCACCAACGUUGAAUCGGGAAAAGUGCUGGAAAACGAUGCGGCCGGCACCAUUGCCAUGCAAGUAUCGGCCGUGGAUAACGAUGGGACCUAUCCAAAUAAUGCCGUCACCUACCACAUCUCGCCCAGAAAUCCACCUGAUAUUCGAGACAAGUUCUCGAUUGACCCAAAGACCGGGAUCGUAACCACGAAUCAGGAAUUUGAUCGCGAAGAACAGAGCGUGUACGCCUUGACCAUCGAUGCCCAAGAUGGAGCGUCCUCCGCGCUGCUCCAAAAUGGUCAACCCAAUGUGACGCCUCAGAAGUUUCGUAUUGCGAUCGCGGACAAGAACGAUAACCCUCCUUACUUCCCACAGAAAUUGUACAGAGCAGAGAUACCCGAAGAUCAAGAUGUGGGUAGCAAAGUGAUUGAAGUGCGGGCCUCGGACAAGGACGAAGAGGCUUCGGUUACGGCCUAUCAGGUGGUGAAUGGCAGUGUAGGCAAUGUGUUCACGAUUGAAGAACAGACCGGGUUCAUUCGGGUAGCCAAGCCUCUGGAUUAUGAGAUGAUCAAAAAGUAUUACCUGACCAUCGGGGCCUAUGAUGGCGAGUACUCCAGUGAAACCAGUGUUGAGAUUACCAUCCUCAAUGUGAACGACAUGAAGCCGGAGUUCAAGCGAGACAAGUACGAAGUCGAGCUGUUCGAAGAGAACAUGCCCAACUAUCCGUCGGUAACCGUCUCGGCCACGGACCCGGAUAUUGACGAUCCGACCGUGCCCCAAAACAUCACCUACUAUCUGGACCCGGACAGUCAGACUUCUCGACAUUUCAAAAUCAAUCCCCAAACCGGCGAUAUCCAAGUGGUCAAGCCUUUGGAUCGAGAUAUGCCCAAUGGCUUCCCGGUGUGGACAAUGUACGUCUUUGCCAAGGACGAGAAUGGCGGUCCCACUGGGAUUGAGAAUUACGUGGAGCUCACGGUGAAACUUUCCGACAUCAAUGACAACGCUCCAAUCCUGGACAUGCCCGAUGGGUUGGUCUGGUACGAGAACAGGGGUCAGGGCGACGUGGGCGUGCUCCGAGCUUCCGACUAUGACACUGAGGAAAACGGACCUCCAUUCACCUUUUCUCUGGAUGGCAAUGCCAAUCACGAUAUCAAGCAGUGGUUCGAGGUGAAUCAGAACAACAAUGGAUCCUACGUCUUGAGGGCAUUGGUCACUUUCGACCGCGAGAAACAGAAGCAAUACGAUAUCCCCAUCAACAUAUGUGACAACAAGGGCAUGUGCGAUGUCAGUAUCCUACCCUUGAUCAUUGGUGACGAGAACGACAACCCCAUGGAGGCUGGUAGUAGCGAGAUCUUCGUGUUCAAUUAUGAAGGCCUGGCUCCAGAUACUGAAAUUGGACGGGUCUACGUGAACGACCCCGACGAUUGGGAUCUGCCGGAUAAGAGCUUCAAAUUCAAGGACCGUCAACGAUGGGACGGUCAAUUCGCCUUAGACCGGAACACGGGCAUGAUCACCAUGAGACGCGGGAUUCGAUUGCAAGGCGAGAUCACCACGUUCGAAAUCGAUUUCGCUGUCGAGGAUCCCAAGCACAACCAAGUGGGACGAUCGGCCGUGGAAGCGAAGGUCAAAGUGGUCAUUCAAAAGAUCCCCAAGGAGGCUGUGAUCAAGAGUGGUUCCAUCCGCAUCAAAGGCCCGCCCGAGGAUUUCAUCCGACCCGAUGCCAAUGGGUACUCCAAACGGGACAAGUUCACGACUUUGAUGAAGCGAUACCUGAACGCGACACAUUUUGACGUAUUCACUGUCCUGCCCGCAGGCAAAAAGGAUCAAAUGACCGAUGUGCGGUUUGCCGCCCACGGCUCGCCUUACUAUAAACCUGAGCGGCUCGAAGGCGUGCUAACGAAACGAAAACAUGACAUGAUGAAGUCUAUGGGAAUCGAGAUCCAAAUGAUCCACAUUGACGAAUGCAUUUACGAAGGCGUCCAUUGUGAGGGCGGAUCGUGUACAAACCACUUGGAUAUCUCUCCAGAGCCUGUGUCCAUUUUCACCAACACCUCGUCGUUCGUCGGAGUUCAGGCACGGGUAAUGCCGCAUUGUGGUUGCGCCGUGCCCAGUCCCAUUGUGUCGUCCGCAUGCGAUCCCAACCCGUGUUUGAACAAUGGAACGUGUCACUCCGCUUCAAGAAGCAAUCAGUACACGUGUGAUUGUCCAGCCAAUAACCCCGAGUUUUUUGGACCCAAUUGCGAACGUCUAGCCGCGUCCUUUAACGGCCAAGGCUGGUCUUGGCAUCCGGGACUACCCGCAUGCGGCAACUCGCACCUCUCGUUCGUUUUCAACACCCAAAUGGAUGUGGGCACACUUUUGUACACGGGACCCUCACCCAACAACAUUGUGGAAAAUGUCGAGGAUUUCAUGGCCGUAGAGAUCAGAAAAGGCCGACCUCGGAUGUUGGUCAAUUUUGGGAGUGGAACCAAGACACUAGAGCUGGAGCAAAGGGUUGAUGACGGCAAGGAUCAUUUUUUGGUCAUUCGAUGGACCAAUGACACGAUCCAAAUGGAGCUCGACCAAAAGACGUGUUCCAAUGAAGUGAGCCCGGCACGAAAUCAGUGCUUCCUUCAAAUCACGACCCACGAAUGGACCCACCACUAUCUCAAUACCAACAGUCCCCUUCAUGUGGGCGGUGUGUCGUUCGGCGGUGAUCGAUUCAGUGAGAUUUCAAAAUCCAUUGGAGUCACCAGAACCGAGAUGCCGGACGGCGAAGGAUUCGCGGGUUGCAUCCGGAACCUGACAUUCAAUGGAGGUGGACGAAAUACUUUGUAUGACUUGGGCAGUCCCUCGGAUGGGGAGCAUUUCACUCCGGGCUGCAACGAUGAGUUCGUCCAGGCUGUGGUGGCCAUUGGUCUCAACACCAACUUCCUCAUUGGGAUCCUCGUGUGCCUUUUGGCGAUCCUCAUCAUGGUGAUCCUUCUCGCCGUGUAUCGACGUCGACGUCACGUUUUUGGCGACAAAGACAUGGAUUGCGAUAUCCGAGAGAAUAUCAUCAACUACGAGGAUGAAGGUGGCGGAGAAGGUGACCAAACUGGCUACGAUCUCUCCGUCCUCCGAAUGAUGUCAGAUGGAACACCCGCUCUUCAUAUGGGUGAUCCGAAGAAGAUGAGCAAUUUCUACAAUCAACAAGAGCCCCCACCAGAUAUCCAAACAUUCCUUCAAACUAACAAAGAUCGCAUCGAUGGGGACCCGGACGCCACACCCUACGACGAUCUUCGACAUUACGCCUACGAAGGCGAUGGUAAUUCCAAUGGUUCCUUGUCAUCCCUGAAUUCGGGCACUUCCGACGCGGAUCUCGAAUUCGAUUAUCUUCACAAUUUCGGGCCCCGCUUCAAGAAGUUGGCCGACAUGUACGGCGAGCAGCCCGACUCCGAGGACGAAUCCGACUCGGACCCCGAGUUCGACCCGCAUGGAUAUCAUCCUCACAAUUCGCAUCAUCCCCACGCAUCCCAACAUCAUUCCCAUCAUUUGUCCAACGGGAUGAUGGGCGGUGGGAGCGGCUCUUCCAUGCCCCCGCCUCCCAAACACCCCGGGGGAGUGCCAUCCGAAUCUUGGUGCUAGCGUGCCCAUUCUUCAAUUCAAUUGUGCUGUGUUAUUAUUACAUUAUUAUCACCACUAUCAUCGCAACUACAACUUCUGCAAAGCGUCAACGAUCUCAACAAUCCGUAUCUGACGUGCCACAGAUUCUCACUUGAUCUAGGGCCCGCGCUCAAUUCCCUCCGCCUUAAACAGAAUACUAUUGCUACUGACCUGACAGUCCACUUCAAAGUAAGAACCGAAACGCGGAAACACAGGGAAUUCAUUCAACCUAAUGGACUAUCAUGCACUAUCAUGCGUUUUGUGGGUGUGUCCGUGUGUUCAAGUUGAUCCAAGCAUUCCAAUGUCUUUCAACUCCUCGGAAGACAAUUCAUGUUCCAUCUGUCUCUCAGUUUCGCUCGCCUUCUUGUGUCUAGUCAAAUCAUGACUCGGAAGAACGAUCUUCAAAGCGCAUAUCAAACCCCCGCCCACGUCCCAAUUUGAUCUGAACCUGAUUCCCCAUCUUUUGUACCACGAAAAAAAAUCUCGUGUUUUGCGAUUAAUCGAGGAUUGCAGGGCGCAAUCCUCAAAAUCCAUCCUGAAUCCGACAUCUUUUCGAAGAGGACAUAACUUCUUCUGAAUCGUAUUCUGUGUUUAAUCCUUUUGUAUAUCAACAACAUCAUACGAAAUAUAACGUGGAAAAAUGA